UCAUUUCAACGUGCGUUAUGGUUUUUAGAAUAUUAUACGUUUUCAUCCGGAACCAUUGGUCGGGGGCCUUGCGCGUGCACGGACAUGUUUUUCCGAUACACUGGUUCAAAGACGCAACGUUUGAAAUGGCUGUGACCCUUCAGACAGAUUUAGGAGACAUUAAGAUCGAAUUGUUUUGUGAGCGGACACCGAAAACAUGUGAGAACUUUCUUGCCUUGUGUGCCAGCGGCUUCUACACCGGCUGUGUCUUCCACCGCAAUAUUAAAGGUUUCAUGGUUCAGACCGGAGAUCCUACAGGCACAGGCAAAGGAGGAACGAGCAUAUGGGGUCGCAAAUAUGAAGACGAGUUCAGUGAGCACCUAAAACAUAAUGUCAGAGGAGUGGUCUCGAUGGCAAACAAUGGCCCCAACACGAAUGGCUCCCAGUUCUUCUUCACGUAUGCCAAACAGCCGCAUCUGGACAUGAAGUACACAGUGUUUGGAAAAAUCAUCGACGGCCUGGAAACACUGGAUGAACUGGAGAAACUUCCUGUCAAUGAGAAGACGUUCCGACCACUGACAGAAACCCGAAUAAAGGACGUGACGAUUCAUGCCAAUCCUUUUGCUGGAUAGACAGUUUUCUCUUUCAAGUGUGCAAAGAGGCCGUUAAGACAAACUUGGACUCGAGAAUAUUUCCAACAAACCUGUUGAUGCAAAAAAAAUAAAAAAUACCAUGCUUUAGUUACAAAAGAUGACCUGUCAGAGGCUAGAAACUAGAACAUCAACGAUGAACUCAAUGAAAUUAUGUGAUGCUGAGCAAAAUCCCCCCGAAAAGAGUACCACCACAAUAAAUAUGACUCAUGUGUUUACAACAAAAGAACAACAGUGGUGAAUAAGAUGAUUCUUUCAUUGCUGUCCAUGGAGUAGUGCAAGACUUUUCCCAGCUUGGUGUCCUUAUUGUUUUAUGAAAUGGUCUGCAAUUUAAGGUCACCUUUUUCUAUUUGUCGUACAUUCAGAGUUUAGUCAAAAGGGGAAAUGGCCGACAGCUAUGCAGACUGAUCUUUUUUCUUUUCGUUUUUUUUCAAGAAGUCGAAUAAAUGUUUUGUACUAAAUAAAACGCUUGUAA